AUGGGAUGCACCCUAAUGGCCACCACUUCCAUUCUUCUCUGUACGGGCUUAGCGGCAGUUCUCAGCAGUACGUACAGCAUAAAAAAGCCUUUAAACGACGCCGUUUACGGGGCCCACGGCGAAUUCAUGUUAGCCCUUAAAUACGUGACUUUGCUCACACUAUUCCUCUUCUCCUUCUUCUGCCAUUCCCUCUCCAUCAGAUUCAUAAACCAGGUUAAUAUUCUGAUCAACAUUCCCGCCGGCGCCACCGCCGUCACUCCCGAUUACAUCUCCGAUCUCCUCGACAAAGGCUUCCUUCUCAACACCGUCGGAAACCGCCUCUUCUACGGCGCCCUGCCGUUGCUUCUCUGGAUUUUUGGCCCUGUUUUGGUCUUCGUUUGCUCUGUUUCCAUGGUGCCUGUGCUUUACAAUCUCGACAUCGUUUGCUACGCCGCCGCCGCCGGGAAACGGAAUACGCUCGCCGCCGGUGAAGCUAACGGUGAUCUCAAUAAUGUUUAG